CGAAAAACGACUCCCCCUCUCAAUCUCUCCUUUCACCAUUUCACUGUAGAAUAUACAAACAACCUUCUUUAAUUCGGAUAGCACGCUGACCUUCGUACGCCCACCAUGUCGAUGCUCACCCGCCUCGCUGCGCUCACCAACAUCGACGUCGACGAUGCCUCGACUGCCGUGGUCAAGAGCCUCCCCUUUACACCCUACAACCAAACAUCUAACCAGGGCAUCAUUACUAGUGAACUGCUCAAGUCUGAAAACGAGGCUCUUCUAGACGACCUCGUGGCCAAGUAUGGCUCGCAGGGCUGGGAAACCGUCUACAACAAAGCCGCUGUUGCUCUCGUCGCGCGCAAUGUGCCUUUUCUCUCUGGCCGCGUGCUGAUCCAAGUCUCCCUGCGCCACCUCAACGACAAGGCGGCCAUCAUCAGCCAGUGCCGCGAGUACGCUGCGUCGUUUGCUGACGCGGGUAUCCCUAACGACAGGUAUGCCAUCAAGUUACCCUUUUCGGGUGCAGCAGCUGCUGCAGCGCGCGAGCUCAAGGCUGAGGGCAUCGCUACGCUGGCGACGUCUGUAUUUUGCAUGGAGCAAGCUGUAGCUGCGAGCCAGGCGGGCUGUGUCAUGAUCAGCCCCUACUACAAUGAAAUUGCUGCACACAUUGACCCAUCCGCGCGCAUCAACGUAGCCGACACGGCUCUCCAGCACCCCAUGUCUCCCCGCAUUCUCCAAAUGCUCAGCUUCUUCGCCUCCCAGCCCGCCCCGCAGCCCAUCAUGGUGAUUGCCUCGCACAUCACACCCCAGGAAGUCCUCGCCAUGGCCAACCUCGGAUGCCCACACAUCACCAUCUCCGCCGCCAACCUUGAGGGCCUCGCCGCUCUGCCAGACACACUUGGCCCCGUCACCGCGGGCAAGCCGUCGCCCACAUACGCCGGGUGGAAGACUCCCGAGAAGUACGCCGCGCUAGAAAAGACAGAUCCGCUGGCCAGCGGCGAGUGGAACGGCGUCACGGCGUCCAUGGCGACAGACUAUGUCGCAGAUAAUGGCAAGGCGCUGGACGAGUAUAUUCGCAGCGAUGCGCUGGUGAGCCAUCGCAUCGAGGACGCGAGGAAGUUCUUCUUGAAGGCUGAAGAUGAGGCCAAGACGGCGAUUGAAGCCAAAAUUAAGGCCUAAGUUGUGCGCUGUCUCUACACAGAUUGAUAAUUAAAAGGCGAAGCGAAAGAGUUGGUGAAUCGAGGAACGAGAUUGAGGUAGUUAAUGUAAAAGAUGUCGAUAUGACUCUUGGUAAUAGUGAAAAGGGGACAUAUAAAAUAUAACUGUCUUUUUGUACAUGUACAACUAUGUGGUGCGUGUCCAAGAUCAUCUAGGAGAUGACUACUAUGUAUGCUAUAAAAGAAAGAGGAAGAAAAAGAAAAACGUUUUGUCGGCAACAUCAGCCAGCCAUUAUAACUUCCCAUAUAAAAACGCCAAGAAAAGGAAAAUUCCAAAGUGUAUCGCCAACCAACCAGCCAAACAUAAAACGCCGCAGCGAUGAUAGAUAAAAAAGAUAACGUGUUUUCCCUUGCUCCUCUCCAAAAAUAAAAUGUACGCCCCAUGUUGCGCCUCUUCUCUUCUCUGUUCGGCUAUAGCUUCAGGAGGCAAGAAGGUUCUUUGCUUGUCAACUUGCAGGAAAGAGAAGCUCUUUUUUAAUUCCACUUAUCGGGGCCAAAGAAUUGUGGCGGAUCAAUAUCAUACAGCGUGCAGGCAUUGUCCUCGCAGCCCGUGUCGGAGACGGUGUUUCCCCACCACUUGAACUCGGUCUCGCGGUACUGCAGGCCAAAGAAGAUGAUGAUGCCGGCAA